GCAGACCAGCCAUGGACAGCUUAGAUUUGGAUCUCGAGUCUUUGGGGCUCCGCCAUGGCGGCGCUUCCUCGGCUCGCUGUGCCCGGCAUGCCGUGAUCCUACUCCUCACCGCUGCCGUGGUAAUCUGUGUCCUGGUAGACCGUCGCGAGGACGGCGACGCCGCGACGCGGAGAGAUCGGAGAGAGACGGCGCUGCAGGAGAAAUAUGAAAGCUCCACUGAACCACUGACACCAGCACCACUGGAAACUUGCAUCGUCACGUUUCUGAUGCAAGAGACCUGUUUGAGACCUCUGGUGAUCUUCAUGGUUCUUCUGCUGCUGCUUCUCCUCAUGCUCUGUGUGUGGGAGGCCUUUCACUGCUGCUGCUGCGGCACCAAACCCAGCAGCACGGUACCGGAGGUGGAGCAACUGAUCAACGGCAAGGAGCGAAUGGACGAAGUGCUGCGAAGGAAGUCCAUCAAGUUCCUGGGUGAGGAGUGGAAAGAAGGAACGACCAGCAACAUGGAGAUUGAGGAGAAAAUCAUGAGGAGCUGGGAUGUGUCGCAUAUCGAAGAAAACUUGGAUCUUGUGGACCAGGUGGUGCAAAUCAUGCAGGACUAUCCAGGUCUCAUUCUACACAUCAAAGCCUUCACAAUCACCAAGCUGGACAAGAGACAGAAGAGUGAGGUGGUCGACUUGGUCAGAGGUGCCUUCGCCAAAGACUUCAGGGACGACUUCCCGUACGAACGGAUGGAUUUGGAACUGGCUUAUGCCCAUGGCCGCGUGCUGAGCCUAAAACGGCUCCUGGGGCAUAAGCACAUCUCCCAUCGCCGAAUCAGGACCAGUUUGGAACAUGGGAAGGAGCGCAAAAUGGUCUUGGAGUUAGAGAUUCCUCAGGGCUGAGUUGCCGUGUUGCCGAGUUGCCAAAGAUGUCUUAGCUGGGAAGGGCUGGACGUUGAGGCAAAAAGCUC